AUAAUGACUUACAGGAUCUGGAUUUCCAUCACAUUUUGGCGGAAAUAGGCCCCGAAGUAUGGGGGGCAAAAAAAAUCGCUAUUCACUGGUUCUGUUUGACCUAUGUGGUUUCCCGUACUGUUGAGGCGGUGUUGACUGAUGUGUCAAAAUGGCAGAGCUUACAACACUAGAGAGCCUGCUGGAGAUGGGCUUUGACAGAAACAGAGCGGAAAAGGCAGUGGCCCACACAGGGAACCAGGGAAUAGAACAAGCCAUGGACUGGUUAAUGGAACAUGAGAACGACCCAGACAUUGAUGAGCCCUAUGUGCCGCCUGUGGGGAACGUCCUGGGAGGAGACGCAGACAGCCAGUCCACCACAGAACAGCCGUCACUAGCAGACACCGCUGAAGGGACAGCAGGUGGAGACGGCAGCUACGAUGAUAACGAAGAGAGUGCAAAGAUGCCAAUGUCAGAGGAGGAGAAACUUGAACAAGUUAAAAGGCUAGAGGAGCUGAUGCGGGUGAAGCAGGCAGAGAGACGAGAGCGAGAGCGGGCAGAAGAGUUGGAGCGGGAGAAGCAGCGAAGGAGACAGGGCCAAGAGCUGCAGCAGAUUCGUCAAAAGCUGCAGGAUGAUGAUAUGAAAAAACUCGCUGAUCAGCGCAGAAAAGAGAAGAUGGAGGACAAAAUGGCCAGGCAAAGGGUUAAAGAUAAGAUUGCACGAGACAGAGAGGAGAGAGCACAAAAGUUUGGAGGUGGUGCACCCCCGAGCACGGCGGCAACGUCCCAACCUGCCCCACCCAGCCCCUCGUCACCCACCAGUCACGGCCCUCCACCCACUAAGAAGGAGUAUGAUGAGUCCAGGAUACAGGUACGUCUGCUGGACGGCUCAACCAUCACGGCGGUCUUCAAGGCCCAGGAGCCGCUGGCGGCAGUGCGCGUGUACGUGCAGGUGAAUGGCAACACACCUGAGGGUCAGGACUUCACGCUGCUCUCGCCCUACCCCCGUCACGUCUACACCGAACUGGACAUGGAGAAGCCCCUCAAAGAACUGGGUUUGGUGCCUUCAGCUGUGCUGGUUGUUAUCAAAAAGUGAGAUCAGGACGGAGGAUCUGCUCUGUGAGCCUACCUCACCACUUCCACUACACCAACACAAGAGGCACCAGAAACAGAUUGAACUGGGAACAGAGCCACCACCUUUUUAGUAUCUCUCAGUAAGCCAGCUAACUGAACUAAAGCAGAGAGAUGUAGCGCGAGGAUGUGAUCAGAUUGUGUGAAGCUACUUUUAAGAAGUUUAAGAAGGGAAAGUGAAAAACAGUUUUCAGCUAACUCACUGAUUGAUUGCACUUGAUAGACUGAUUUGUGUGCAGUGAGAUGGACAGUGGCUUUUACUUAUUCAGGAAGAAAGUAAAGAUAGCUGGCUUCUGAUUGAUACUGCUUCAUGGUCUCAACAACACAUUAAUAAAAAUUCAAUUUUAACCAGACCUUAACAAAGCAAAGUACCACACAAGACCUACUCGAUUGGUUCCGAAAGGGCCUUAAAUUGAAUCCCCACGAUCUUCCUGAUUUUGUGACAUUCUACUUUGCCAGUUUUUUUUUUUUAUAAGUUAAAAUAUAUCGACAAUUAUGUCUGCAUAAUCACCAAGAAUCUAGUUAAAAUAAAGCUGACUCAGAGAACUAUG